CAAAGAUGCUCUAACAGGAAGUGGGUUAAGGAGCUGCACUGCUUCCUGCCCCCUAAAGCUGCGCGGGGCGAGGAGGGCGAGUGCCAGGCUGGGCCACGAGACACAGGACACAAUUUCUUGCCAGGGUCCUGGUAGCUUCCUCUUCAACAGCCACUUCCGUGUGGCCGGGGCCCCAGGGGCAGGAGCUGCUGCCCGUUGCCCAGGCCACCCUCCACCCCCAAUUGGGAGCCCUGCCCCCCUGGGGCCGGGCCAAGCCCAGCAGCUGGCUGGGAUCCCAUGGGGGACUGGUAGGGCACAGGUCUUGGGGGACAGAGGUGACCGGGCCAGUGCCCUGGGGCUCUGGCCAUGAAGUCUCGGCAGAAAGGAAAGAAGAAGGGCGGUGCGAAGGAGCGGGUUUUUGGGUGCGACUUGCAGGAGCACCUGCAGCACUCAGGCCAGGAGGUGCCCCAGGUGCUAAAGAGCUGUGCAGAAUUUGUGGAGGAGUAUGGAGUGGUGGAUGGGAUCUACCGCCUCUCAGGGGUCUCCUCCAACAUCCAGAAGCUUCGGCAGGAAUUUGAGUCAGAGCGGAAGCCAGACCUGCGUCGGGAUGUUUACCUCCAAGACAUUCACUGCGUCUCCUCCCUGUGCAAGGCCUAUUUCAGAGAACUGCCGGAUCCCCUGCUCACUUACCGGCUCUAUGACAAGUUUGCCGAGGCUGUAGCAGUGCAAUUGGAACCUGAGCGCUUGGUCAAGAUCCUAGAGGUGCUUCGAGAACUCCCUGUCCCAAACUACAGGACCCUGGAGUUCCUCAUGAGGCACCUGGUGCACAUGGCCUCGUUCAGUGCCCAGACCAACAUGCAUGCUCGCAACCUGGCCAUCGUGUGGGCUCCCAACCUGCUGAGGUCUAAGGACAUAGAGGCCUCAGGCUUCAAUGGGACAGCGGCCUUCAUGGAGGUGCGGGUACAAUCCAUCGUCGUGGAGUUCAUCCUCACACACGUGGACCAGCUCUUUGCGGGUGCUGCCCUCUCUGGUGGUGAGGUGGAGAGUGGAUGGCGAUCACUUCCAGGGACCCGGGCAUCAGGCAGCCCCGAGGACCUUAUGCCCAGGCCACUGCCUUAUCACCUGCCUAGCAUACUUCAGGCUGGCGAUGGACCCCCACAGAUGCGGCCCUACCAUACUAUCAUUGAGAUUGCCGAGCACAAGCGGAAGGGGUCUUUGAAGGUCAGGAAGUGGAGGUCUAUCUUCAAUUUAGGUCGCUCUGGCCAUGAGACUAAGCGUAAACUUCCACGGGGGGCUGAAGACAGGGAGGAUAAAUCCAACAAGGGGACACUGCGGCCAGCCAAAAGCAUGGACUCACUGAGUGCUGCAGCUGGGGCCAGUGAUGAGCCAGAGGGGCUGGUGGGGCCCAGCAGCCCCCGGCCAAGCCCAUUGCUGCCUGAGAGCUUGGAGAACGAUUCUAUAGAGGCAGCAGAGGGUGAACAGGAGCCUGAGGCAGAAGCAUUGGGUGGCACAAACUCUGAACCAGGCACACCACGAGCUGGGCGGUCAGCCAUCCGGGCUGGGGGCAGCAGCCGUGCAGAGCGCUGUGCUGGUGUCCACAUCUCAGACCCCUACAAUGUCAACCUCCCGCUACACAUCACCUCUAUCCUCAAUGUGCCCCCGAACAUCAUCUCUAACGUUUCCUUGGCCAGGCUCACCCGUGGCCUUGAGUGCCCUGCUCUACAGCACCGGCCAAGCCCUGCCUCUGGCCCUGGCCCUGGCCCUGGCCUCGGCCCUGGCCCCCCAGAUGAAAAGUUGGAAGCAAGUCCAGCCUCAAGUCCCCUGGCAGACUCAGGCCCAGACGACUUGGCUCCUGCCCUGGAGGACUCCCUGUCCCAGGAGGUGCAGGACUCCUUCUCCUUCCUAGAGGACUCAAGCAGCUCAGAACCUGAGUGGGUGGGGGCAGAGGAUGGGGAGGUGGCCCAGGCAGAAGCAGCAGGAGCAGCCUUCUCCCCUGGGGAGGACGACCCUGGGAUGGGCUACCUGGAAGAGCUCCUGGGAGUUGGGCCUCAGGUGGAGGAGUUCUCUGUGGAGCCACCCCUGGAUGACCUGUCUCUGGAUGAGGCACAGUUUGUCUUGGCCCCCAGCUGCUGUUCCCUGGACUCCGCUGGCCCCAGGCCUGAAGUUGAGGAGGAAAAUGGGGAGGAAGUUUUCCUGAGUGCCUAUGAUGACCUAAGUCCCCUUCUGGGACCUAAACCCCCAAUCUGGGAGGGUUCAGGGAGUCUGGAGGGAGAGGCGGCAGGAUGUGGAAGGCAGGCUCUGGGACAGUCUAGGGAAGAGCAGGCAUGCUGGGAAGUUGGGGAGGACAAGCAAGCUGAGCCUGGAGGCAGGCUAGACAUCAGGGAAGAGGGAGAGGGAAGUCCAGAGACCAAGGUGGAGGCUGGAAAGGCCAGUGAGGAUAGAGGGGAGGCUGGGGGAAGCCAAGAGACAAAAGUCAGUUUGAGAGAAGGGAGUAGGGAAGAGACAGAGGCCAAGGAAGAGAAGUCCAAAGGUCAGAAGAAGGCUGACAGUAUGGAGGCUAAAGAUGUGGAGGAAUCAGGAGGAGAGGAGUAUACAGACAAGAAGGAAAAAGAAAUUGAGAGAGAAGAGGCUGAACAAAGAGAGGAAGCCCAGGUAGCUGGAAGGGACCUAGAGCAAGGGGCCCAGGAAGAUCAAGUUGCUGAGGAGAAAUGGGAAGUUGUACACAAACAAGAGGCCGAGGGAGUCAGCCAGGAUGAGGACAAAGGACAGAGGGAGAAGGGGUACCAUGAUGCAAGAAAAGACCAAGGAGAUGGUGAAGACAGCAGAAGCCCAGAAGCAGCAACUGAAGGAGGAGCAGGGGAGGUCAGCCAGGAACGGGAGAGUGGGGAUGGAGAGGCUGAGGGAGACCAGAGGGCUGGAGGGGACUAUUUAGAAGAGGACACCCUCUCUGAAGGUUCAGGUGUAGAGUCCCUGGAGGUUGACUGUGCCAAAGAGGGCAAUCCUCACUCUUCUGAGAUGGAAGAGGUAGCCCCACAGCCACCCCAGCCAGAGGAGAUGGAGCCUGAGGGGCAGCCCAGUCCAGACGGCUGUCUAUGCCCCUGUUCCCUUGGCUUGGGUGGCGUGGGCAUGCGUCUAGCUUCCACUCUGGUUCAGGUCCAACAGGUCCGCUCUGUACCUGUGGUGCCCCCAAAGCCACAGUUUGCCAAGAUGCCCAGUGCAAUGUGUAGCAAGAUUCAUGUGGCACCUGCAAAUCCAAGCCCGAGGCCUGGCCGGCUUGAUGGGACUCCUGGAGAAAGGGCUUGGGGGUCCCGAGCUUCUCGAUCCUCUUGGAGGAAUGGGGGUAGUCUUUCCUUUGAUGCUGCUGUGGCCCUAGCCCGGGACCGCCAAAGGACUGAGGCUCAAGGAGUUCGGCGAACCCAGACCUGUACUGAGGGUGGGGAUUACUGCCUCAUCCCCAGAACCUCCCCUUGUAGUAUGAUCUCUGCCCAUUCUCCUCGGCCUCUUAGCUGCCUGGAGCUCCCAUCUGAAGGUGCAGAAGGGUCUGGAUCCCGGAGUCGUCUUAGUCUGCCCCCCAGAGAACCCCAGGUUUCUGAUCCCCUGUUGUCCUCUCAGCGCAGCUCAUAUGCAUUUGAAACACAGGCUAACCCUGGGAAAGGUGAGGGACUGUGAUUAGGACCACAGCCCUGGGCAAAGGGGACCAGUAAGUUGUCUUGAAUCUCCAUGGUUCCUGACUAGCUGUCUCUUCUGCAGCAUGAGCAGCUGUAGUGCCCAACUCUAUAGGCUUUGGCUCUCCAGCUUCUCUGUUUGACUGUGGGAGGCACUGCCUUGGUUGGUUUACCUGAACUUGUCUCAGACACAAAGCACUUAUCUCUUAGGAGAUUCCCAAGAAAGUCAACAAGAUCUUGUUACCAGGGAGUGGGUCAUUGGCCAAAGGCAACAUAAGGUAGGCAGAAAACUUAAAAGAGUUUGUUAAAGUGAAGACUGGAGAAAUUCCUCCCUUCCUCUGAGCUGUGAAUCUCUCUUCAUCAAAGCCAAAGGUAGAGACAGGGAGGACAGGGCCAGGUUAGGGCCUUCCACAUACAAACACUUCUAGAGUUGCCCAUUCCUGUUAUGUUCUUGGACCCUUAGAUACCUCCUAUCCCUUUUAAAUCCAGAUUAAGAGAAACAUCCAGGAAGAGCUCUUUGAAGCCCUCAGUAUUUGUUGGAGGGACUGGACUCCUCUCCAGCUCCCCACCCUCUGCCUCCAAUCACCAUGUGCAAGAGAGGUCCUGUAUAGAUCUCUCUGGGCUCUCCUUUUUCCUUUAGAAUAACUUCUUCCUAUUUCAGGAAAGGGAAAUGGUGUCACUCAGGCCCUGGGACUGCUUCUCCAGACAGGCUGGGGCCACAGGUCCCACUCUAGUGAAGGUCAAUGUCUCAGAAUAAAAGCUGUAUUUUUACA